AUGGCUGUGUGCGAGUUGAUAUGCAUGCUGGACGCAUAUCAGGGGUACCAUCAAGUGCCGUCCGCCCGUGAUGAUCAGGAGAAAGUAAACUUCAUAACGGAAGACGGCAGUUACUGCUACAACAUGAUGUCAUUCGGACUGAAGAACGCAGAUAUAGAGGAAACCUUCGGGACGCUAAGGACAUAUAGGGUCAAGAUAAAUCCCCAGAAAUGUCUGUUCGGAGUAAAAAGUGGGUGUUUCCUGGGGUACAUCGUGACCGAGCGGGGCAUAGAGGCGAAUCCCAGUAAAGUGAAAGUGCUGCAAGACAUGCCUGCCGCCUCCCAGGAAUCUGAAGGAGGCUCAACGCCUUAUGGGACGAAUAACCGCGCUGUCCAGAUUCAUCUCGAAGACCACCGACCGGAGUUUGCCCUUUUUCAAGAUUCUGCGCCAACCAAGCCGGUCGCCGGGGAAGCCCUUAGAGUUUACUUGUCCUCGACUGAAUAUGUCGUCGAGUCGGAUCUUGUGAGGCCGGACGGUGAAGAACAACCUAUGUAUUUCUUGAGCCAUAUACUAAAGGAUGCUGAGUCCCACUACACUGGUCUCGAGAAAUUAGCCUUUGCGCUGCCCCGGACGACCAUCAAGGAACAGUCGUUAGCAGAUUUUGUCACGGAGGUACAAGAGCCAGAGCCCGAAGCCACCUGGCAAGUGUACGUGGACGGAUCAUCCACUCGACAAGGAAGCGGGAUCGGAGUGUUGUUGAUCUCUCCCCACGGUGAACGGAUGCAUUUGUCCGUACGGCUGGACUAUCGAGCGACCAAUAAUGAAGUAGAGUAUGAGGCGUUGAUAGUAGGCCUGCAGGUCGCUCGGCAUGUGGGAGCCAGCAAGGUCUUGAUUCAUUCCGAUUCGCAGUUGGCUGCUCAACAACUUUCGGGAGCUUUCGAGAUAAGAAGCGUCAGGCUCAAGUUCUAUGCGGAGGCCUUCGAAAAGCUGAAGAAUCAGGUUGCGGAUGAGUUGGCUAAGCUAGCUAGCUCGAUAUCACCGAUCGUCAUCCAGCAGCCAAUCGAGCGGGUAUCUCUGGUCGCCCACAUCGACCGGAUGGAGGGGCUCACAUUUCCAAAUGACUGGCGGACGACUAUAACAGAAUUUUUGAAGUCAGGAGCAACGCCCCCCGAUCGGUUGGAAGUGCAUCUGCUCAGAAGGAGAGCUUGUCGGUUCGUCCUCAUUGGCGACCAGCUCUACAAAAAAGCCUUCUCCAGGCCUCUGCUUAAAUGUGUUGGCCCGGAGGAUGUGGACUAUAUUCUGCAAGAGGUACACCAAGGCUCAUGCGGCGGGCAUUCGGGCGGCCACUCGUUGGCGAGAAAGAUUCUUUUGGACGGCUACUUUUGGCCAACUUUACAGGCAGACGCCGCCUGGACAGUCGCCACGUGCUUAUCCUACCAAAAGUACCACAAUUCCUCACAUCGUCCCGUGUAG